UGAAACGUCAAACAGGGUGUUCAGGAAGAAAUAGUGACUGUGGGCAUCGCAGAAAAAACGAAGAGGUGUAUUUUUUGCUAAAAAUAUCACACAACGCGUUUAUUUAUCGAAACAUUUUCAGUAUAAUGAUUGGGGAGAAGGUGCAGUGCGUCUGUUGGUAACAAAGAGUCCCUGCUAGUGGCGCUUCCGCUGGAGUUUCGGGCAUAAAGUGAAAACGUCUUCUUCUCUCUGUGGCACAAAAGAAAAAGUGUUUGAAUGGUCGUCAGAUUUUUGCAGAGUUGAGACGUAGUGAAAAAAGUGUUUCCACCCAAGCAACUCCUUAUCAGUGGCGAGAGCUGCACUUGGCCGCGAUAAGGCACACUGUGGUGCUUCAGAAUUGCGCCAGAGUCGCGGAUCAAUUUUGGUGGCUGAGCGACGAAAAUUCGUGGGACAAUGGAAACAUCUGUGGAGCAAACAACGCCACGACUUCCAGGGCCAACAUUGACACCCUCGCUCACGGACACGGAAGAUCCGCAUCCCAGUCUCUCCGAUUGGCACGAUUAUGAGCCAAAUUUGGAGUUUGAUGACACAGAACUAUCGCAGGCGCCCGAUCCGCGUCUCAUUGUGACGCUGGACGAUGAUGCUCUGAUAUCAGGUGAUUUUGUGACUCCGCCUGACGAUAUUCAGACCAAUUUGGAGGCGGACAAUUACGAGGAGCAAUUGCGUGUGGCGUCGGAAAUGGACGAAUUUAGCAGCAUGAAGACGUUCGAGGAGCUCAAGUUCAUUGAGUUCUUCGGCACGGACAAACAGGGACAACAUAUCAUUGCCAUCUUUGCCUGUCGAUUGCCGCCGAAGAGUGAGCUCAACAACACGGCCUUCAUUCACUUCAUCAUCCAGAAGAUGGAGGCGUUCGUGCAGAAUGACUAUGUGCUGGUGUACUUCCAUCAGGGUCUGAAGGAUGACAGCAAGCCGUCGGUGGACUUCCUGUGGAACUCCUACAAGGAGCUGGACAGGAGCUUCAAGAAGAACUUGAAGCGUCUCUAUGUCGUCCAUCCUACGAUGUUCAUUCGCGUGAUCUGGAAUCUCUGCAAGCCCUUCAUCAGUGUCAAGUUCAAGAACAAGCUCUUCUACGUGUCCAGUUUGGAUGAGCUGAAGGAGAAUCUUGGCUUGAGGAGUCUCAAGUUGCCGGAUAAUAUCACAGAAUUUGACGAUCGCAAUUCCGCGAGUCGAAGAUCGUCGGGAUUGAGUGGAAGCAGGAGAUCAGAUGAGUCCAGUCUGGCGAAGACGACGCAAUUUGGCGUGACGCUGGAUUUUAUCAAUCAAAACAGUCCGUGUCUCAACUACAUUCCGCCGGUGGUGCGAAAGUGUGUGGAUCACUUGUCUGUGAGUGGAGUGAUUGACACGGAGGGAAUCUUCCGGCGAUCUGGCAACUAUGGGCGGAUAAAUAGCCUGAAGGCGUCCGUGAAUGCGGGCGAGAAUGUGGACUUCAAGAAUGAGGACACACACGUGGUGGCUGGUCUGCUGAAGACCUUCCUGAGGGAUCUCAAUGAGCCCCUCCUCACCUAUGCCUUGUACGAUGAGAUUAUCAAGUUCCUGGAGUGGACCAAGGAGGAGCGACCGCGCAAUGUGAAGCAAAUGCUGCGUGAAAAGCUGCCCGUGGAGAAUUAUGAGCUCUUCAAGUACAUCAUCGAGUUCUUGGUGAAGGUGAUGGAGUGCAAGGACUUGAACAAGAUGACCUCGUCGAACUUGGCAAUAGUGUUUGGACCGAAUCUGAUUUGGGCGCACAAUCAAAUGUCUCUGGAAGAGGUGAAUCCCAUUAAUGCCUUCAUUGAGUUCGUGCUGCAGAAUCACCGUGACAUCUACAUGGUGGACAUCAAUCCGAAAGAGACUGUUGAUUAACCCAGGCUUUUGUAAUUUAGUUUGUCGUUCUUCUUGAUUUUUUUUCUCCCUUUUUCUCCCUCGCGCGCAUUCGGCGCUCCUUUUUAUUUGUAUAUUUUUCCACCAUUCAAUAUAAAUAAUAGUGAAUUAUAUUUUGACUUCUUACUUCCUCCCAAUCCUUUCUUCCGGAACUCAUGCACGAUUUAAGCAUUGAAAUCUCUGCAGAGAAUCUAUCUUUAUGGCUGUUGAUAGUUUUCCCCCUUCUUCUCUAUGAUGACAUUUUAUGAUCGUAUAGAAAUCCUUCAAGUGAACCUAUGAUUUAAGAUGAAAACGAAGAAGUAGAUUAACGUAGAUUUUAGAGACUGUAGAGAACGAAACGAAUGAACGAUGAGGAAUGUUAGUGAAGAGUUAACCAAAGAAUGACUAAAAAAAAUGAAUGCGAGUGUUUUUGUCCUUAAUUUGAACAA